AUGUGGCGAACGGUCGAGACAAAACAACAGCCGUCCAGACGGCGCAGGGAGUCGACCGCUGUGACAAGGCGGAAUCCGGCGGCUGUCGCAUCAUCGCGGACACCACCUGCUUCCACGCAGACGGUCGCGGCGCUGGUGCGAAGUCUCCGUCGGGCCUCACAGUCGUUGCGUGCGAGUGCGUUUGUGCGUCGAGACGUGCUGUUGCCUGUGCGACAGUACCUGAGCGCGCACGCAAAAGAUAGUCUCACGGGUGUUCAUCUCGUCGCCCUGGGCAUCGGCCCCUUUUCUCGGGAGGAAUCACGCUCUGGGUUCCUGCAGAUGGCCCUUCUGCUGGCUGUGCGAAGUGAGUGCGAGAGUAUCCUGCGGAGGCCUGCAGCAUCGCUCGCAGCUUCUGCUGCGUCGACGGGCAUCGCGGACGUUGAUGCCGAAGCGGGGACAACCGAUUUAUCGCAAAACGCUCCACCGGCCCUCACAACAACCUUUUUUGACCCUGUCACAAACGAACUGCAUGCGCGUUGCUGUGAGCAGUUGGGUGUUAGAAUGGAGGAACAGAACCGCUAUGGUGCAUACACACCUGCUGGCCCGCAUGCAGUCCUUAUUGCAUACCUUCCACACUCUCCAUGGGCGCUGCUCCGAAAUCUCUUUGUUUCAAACGCCAUGCCGGGUGCGGACUCGGCAAGUGAGAAUCAGCUGCAGCGUCUGCGAUGCACGCUGGUGAUUGGGAACGAUGUCCGUGAGAAGCUGACGCCGUCCAGCGACAUUAUGGCGAUUUUGACGCCAUAUUUGCACUUCCACGAGGUGAAGGCAUUGAGUGGAAAUAAUGAUGCUUAUAAUGGUGUUGCUGCUCAUGGUGAUUGUAACGAUGAUGAUUAUGAUGGUAUGGAGGAUGCAGAUGACCACCUCCCCAGUGGGCCAAGGGGAGUCAACCGGCACGAUAUUUUGCGUGCUUUCUCUGACACAGCAGUUAUGUACCUAAAUACAGAACGCGAGGCGGAACUGUCAGAUGCGUUGCGACGGGUUCGACUUCCACGUCUCACACGAGGGGGACCGGACAUUUGGUAA